AUGGCAGUUUCCUUCUCACUUGAGGAAAGUAUUUUUAUUGAAAGAAAUGUUGCACGCGAAGUAAAAGAAUAUCUAUUAGGCGGAUGCCGUCAAGAAUUACGAACUUUUGUGAAGAGAACUGUUAGCAGCAGCAGUGAAGAGGAAAUCUCUCGUGAUACUGAAAAGCCUGCGGGGGUUCGCGACUGGGAUUUCCCAGCUGAGGAAGCGGUAAACAUUGCUGUCACUGAUGACGAUGAUUCGCCGCUUAAUUGGCUUUCCCAAUGUUUCUUAGUUACAUACAACUCAUUAGAUUAUAUGCUACUGGUAAAUCGCCAAAGAUUUGCUCUUUUAAAUAGGUGAGU